AUGCCCCCGUUAACACUCCCACGACGCCUAUUAUUCACAGCGGCGCCGCUGCAUCUGGGUAUAAUAAAACCACAGAAAUUUCUACUAUAUAGAAUCUCACAUGUGCACCCGGCGCCAUUACAAUGGUCGAGGAGGGUGUUCUCGUCGACUUGCAUCUCUGGGCUGCAGCGGAGCAGGAAUAGUGCUCCUUCCUCUGCGCCAGCUCCAGCUACAGUAGUAGCUGUUCAAGAAGACGCACCAGAACAGACAUUCCAGAAAAAGAAAUCCGCACGAUCACAAUCCAGCAAGAUCUCACUGCGAAGAGUCGCCGCCGCCUCGGAAGCAGCAAAAAGCACAGCGGGCUACUACGGUGGCGAACAGCGGAGGAAAACCAAAUUAUGCACAGCCUACUGCACCGCCGAGAAAUACGACCUCUCCCUUGCAGCGCUCAUCCUCCUGCGGAAAGGAUACACAAUCGACCCCAACUCCACCGGCCUCGUAGACCAAGUGCUCCACCUCCGGCUCCCCACCACCGACACCGGAGCUGCAAAUAUCGCCACAACCAACAACGACGGCGAGCUUGGAGACGUCUUCAUUUUCCCCUCCGGAAACAUCGUCUCAUGGUCUGUCCCCUCCUCGCGUGUCUCCUCACUAGCAAACACCCUCCUCCCCGCCGCCGAAAAGGCACAAACCAACGAAGUCGAGACCGAAGACCUCGAAUACAUAGAAGACCCGCGGCUCCGCCGCUCCCGUGUUGGUGGCGACAUCAUCAUUCUCGGCACCGCCCCCUCCACCAACUACCCCCUCACCGAGCACACCGCCGACGCCCCAACCAGCGCUCCCGAGCCUUGGGACCACCACCAGCAGCAGCAGGCCCUCAGCGCCCCCGACGAGCUCAACAUCACGCUCGCCAAAAUCGCGUUUUCGUCCGGCCUAGCCCGCAGCACCAAGCUAGCUGUGCUCGAGAGCCUGCUGAACGAGUACCUUGCCGGCACGAGCAACAUCCCCACGCUGCUGAGCCGUGGUAGCAGGUUGCCAUUCACGCGCAGCUUCAUCCUGCGCAAAACGGGCGAACUGUUGGAGUUCCGCGCGCAGCUGAAUCUAUAUUCGGAGCUGACGGACUCGCUGCCCGAUAUAUUCUGGGACUCGCGGCACGAGCUGGGCCUCGAGGGGUACUAUGAGAGUAUCGGAAGGGCGCUGGAUGUCAAUGUCCGCAUACGACAGCUGAAUGAGAAGCUGGACUAUGCGUCGGGGAUUGUGGAGGUGCUGCGCGAGAGGCUGAGUGAGAAGCAUUCGCUGGGGUUGGAGUGGAUGAUUAUUUUAUUGAUUACUGUCGAGGUUGGGUUUGAGGUGCUGAGGCUGUGGAAGGAGGGGAGUGUGGAGGAGAGGGAGGAGAGGGAGUAUAGGAGGUGGAGAGAGAGGAAGGAGAGGGAGGAGGAUGAGGAAUAUCGUAAGUGGAAGAUGAUGAUGGCCCAAAUCAAGGAAAAGUGA